GCCAUGCAGCAGGCGAGGCUGCUGCUGAACUGCUGCGCGCCGGCGUGGAAGUCUGUGCGGAAGGCCAGCUCAGGGAUGGCACGCCAGGGCCCGCUCGCCAAUAAGGUGGCCCUAGUAACGGCCUCCACAGACGGGAUCGGCUUUGCCAUCGCCGGGCGCCUGGCCCGGGACGGGGCCCACGUGGUGGUCAGCAGCCGGAAGCAGCAGAACGUAGACCGGGCAGUGGCGGCGCUGCAGGGGGAGGGGCUGAGCGUGGUGGGCACCGUGUGCCACGUGGGGAAGGCCGAGGACCGGGAGCGACUGGUGGCCACGGCUGUGAACCUCCAUGGGGGCAUUGACAUCCUAGUCUCCAAUGCCGCCGUCAACCCUUUCUUUGGAAACAUUUUGGAUGCCACCGAGGAGAUGUGGGACAAGAUUCUGAACAUUAACGUGAAGGCCACAGCCCUCAUGACAAAGGCAGUGGUGCCAGAGAUGGAGAAACGAGGAGGCGGCUCAGUGGUGAUUGUGGCCUCCAUAGCGGCCUACACCCCAUUUCCUGGCCUGGGCCCCUACAAUGUUAGUAAAACAGCCUUGCUAGGCCUCACCAAGAACCUGGCCAAAGAGCUGGUCCAAAGGAACAUCAGGGUGAACUGCCUGGCACCAGGACUCAUCAAGACUAGCUUCAGCCGUGUGUUGUGGAUGGACAAGGAAAGGGAGGAGAGCAUAAAAGAAACCAUGCAGAUAACAAGCUUGUGGCUUCUGGAAACUCUCUUCUCUUUAGCUUCUCCAUCUUGUUCUCUCAAGAACACAUGCCAGCAAGGCCUACUCUUUGCUGCUCCAAACAUUCCAGAUCCCCUCAGGUGCACCCAAAGCUGUUCUGAUGUCAGGCAUGAGCUGCACACCUACUUCACAACUCACUAACAAGAUAGGCAAACCAGAUGAGUGUGCAGGCAUCGUGUCUUUCCUGUGCUCUGAAGACGCCAGCUACAUCACUGGGGAAACAGUGGUAGUGGGUGGAGGGACCCCAUCCCGUCUCUGAGGACCUGGAGAGAACUCACCAGGGCAGAGAUUGGGCUCUAACUCCUGAGUACUGUUCCAGCACUUAUCAGUCUUUCCCACCUCUGCCUAAUAUACUGCUCACCUUACACCCUACUUCACCCCCAAAAUCAAUUCUGCCCUCUGAAAAGAUCCAGCCUUCCUUCUGGUCAAGGUGUGGUCCUGUGAGGAUUCACCCUGUUGCUGUAGCUUUAGAUAAAGACUUCCCCUGAGAACAUAGGGCAGGCCUGCUGAGAAAGCUGAGUCUACCUCGGCAAAAACUAAUAUUUUUUUCCUGGGCAUGGGGGAAUUUGAGGGAGAUGGGAUUGAAGGAACCUGGGUGGAAAGAGCAGUUGGAAAAUCAACGACUUGCAAAGGGAGGUGCAAAUAAAAUGCAGAUGACUGUA